GAAGCUACCCAGCGUCUCUCAUCACAAAGAUUUUGCGACGACCGCCACCGACCCCUCUCCCCACAGGACGUCGACUUCGCCGGACCCUGGGCUGUGACCGCCUCUUCUCUCUUUCCCCGUUCUCGGGCUGUUCCUUUUUUGUUUCUGGCCUUCUGCCCACCUGCCUCUCGUUGACGCGUGGGCCUCAAUGAUCUGGGUAACCCCAUGACCUGUUCACAGUCUGUCUCCUCACUCAUGUGGGCCCGUUGGUGCACCAGCUUGACCCUCACUGGUAUUUGCCUCUCUUCCCCGUCCCUCUUCAGACCCCUCACUCAUAUCCUCUGUACCAGGUGACAGACCCCUCUUCCUACUCUUUUUAAAGUAAUCCCUGCUUGAGUAGUGCCCAUACUAAGCAUACUGGGUAUUUUUCGCAGUUGACGCGAGCCAAUUUCCAUAUCAAGACUUUCCCUCUUGGUCUCCUCAGCCUAGAUGCUCACUUUGUCCCUCGCACAGAGUCGGACACGACUGAAGCGACUUAGCAGCAGCAGCUUUUGAGGGAAGCAGGGAGAGGGUUCAGUCAGUUCCCUUGCCCUGGCCAAGGUCACCGCUGAGGAUUUGCACUUAGGCUUUUCUGUGAGGCAUCAUGGGUCCUUGCCUACCUCACCUCUGGCAACCCGGUGUCCCCAUAGCAGCCUUUGCCUCAGCGAGGUCUUUGAGGGGACAAGAAGAGACUUUCUUUCUAACCUCUUGGGAGCCAGGAAAUGUCAGCUAGAGAUAUGCCUGAAUGAAUGCCAGCAAGCCCCUGGCUAGUUAUGGUUCAAAGAACAAUUCUGUACCACAUAGGUUGCAAGUGGGAACAGAAAGGCAUCUAGAAGGCUUUAGGCCUUUGCCUCCUUUUCUUCCGCUCUUCCCUGAUAGGGUGUGGUAGGGGGUGGGUCACGGAGGGAGGAUGUUUUAAACCAAACAACUGAGUCUGACUAGUCACAGUUUGUUCUGUUGGAGAGUGUGGGCUCCAGUUGCUGUAGUUCUUUCCUGUCUCCUCCUUAUAUCAGAGGAGGCAGAGGACGGCACAUCAGUCCAUGGGCAUGUCCCUGGCAGCAUCAGGGGCCAGGGACAGACCGCCUUAUUGGCUUCAGAACUCCUCUUCCAGCUUGGCUGGUCCCGCCAUCUCAAGACUCAGUGCUUGAGCAGGCACUGGACUCUAGGCUUUCAGAAAACCCAGGAAGCAUAAGGACAGUUGAUUAAAAUUGAUGAUGAAAGGUAGAACUAUCAAGAGGACCAUAUCACUUGAGGCAACUGUGGACCACUGUCACAGAGGCUUUGAAAGGCAGAGUGAUUUGGUCUCCAGUCUGGCAGAGUAAAGGAACCACUGAUCCUUUUACUGUCUUCAUGGUUUUGCUUUUCCAGAAUGUCAUUUAGUUGGAAUCAUACAACCCCAGGCCCUUCUGGAUAGGUACCAGACUGUGAAGCUAAAAUCCUGUCUCUGAAGUGAUACCACCCUGAAAUGUCACCCCCUGUUGCAGGUUUGUGGUUACCCCCUGGCUGGACUUCAUUUAGGAAUCUUCUCUGAUUUCUAAUCUGAAUCCCAGAGCAUCCCCCAUUUUUCUGUGGACAAAAUGAGAGGCCUUCUAUAGCCAGGGAUAACUGGCCAUCAUGGGGAAACUGAUCAGGAUGAGGGCACAGGAGAGGCGGUCACUCUGGCCAAAGCGGCUUCAUUGGAGUCGCCCCCUCUUCCUAUUGGGAAUGUUGAUCAUAGGUUCCACCUACCAGUACAUGACGAGCCCGCAGGACCUCCCCACACUGUGGGCAGCAGUCUCUUCCCAACACCCUGUAAAAGUAGCCAGCCGGGACCUUUCCAACAAGGAGAUGAUGAUGGUGAGCAGUGAGACUUCAAAAUCUAGCUCUGAAAUGGAGGUUGAGGCAUGGGCACCGGAAGCCACAGCAGGCAGAGAUGGAACACCACCUGGCAUAGCAAGGAAGAACACCCCCAGUACACCUAGAGGAACAGCCAGCAUCACUCCAACGAUACCCAAUAACUACAGCCCAACACCAACAGGCACAGGAAAAGUUAAGGAAGACACCUCAGCCACACCCAGUGGAGUACUGAAUCACUACACUCAAAGCAGACCAAUGGUAAAUAGUUAUACCCGCUUGACACCCAGGGGAGAAGUAAAGAGCUCCCGCCCAACUCAAUCCAGGGGAAAGGAGGAGAAAUACUCCCCAUCCCCACUUGGUAGAAUGGUAAACAGUUAUGCCCCAUCCACACUCAUGACAAUGCCAAGGAGCCAUGGCAUCACCCCCAGAACAACAGUGAAAGACAGAGAAAUUAUGGCAACCAAGAAAAUGUUGGCGACCAACCCAUCCAAGAGACUAGUGGAGAAAACCACCCCAGCUCCUCUCAAGGGAAUAACUGAUAACACCCCAACCUUCCUGUUAAGUGACUUAGAUACAGACACCUUGACUUCUCCAAGAAAUGUGGUAGAAAAGAAGACCCUAACUACCCCCAGAAGAGUGGACAGUAAUAGCUCAACCAACCACCAGCGGUUGGUGGGGAAAAACAAUCUGACAACACCCCAAGGAAUGGUCCUGGAGCACACUGCGGCCGUCUCUGAGGGGCAAGUGACAAUAAGCACCAUGACACGCAGCAGCCCAGCAGAAACCAAAGCUUCUACUGAUGCUUGGAAAGUGAGGAAUCCCUUGUCCAGAACCAGUGCACCGACCAUCAGAAUAUCCUCAGCCACCUUCAGGGGGCUUUUGAAAAGCCCUUCCAAAGCACCCAGCACCCCAGAAGCUCCCAGGGUUAGGGCAAAUCCGACCAUUCAGGUCCGCCACUGCCUGGUGGUGGAGCCAGCCCCAGUUGCACCCACUGCCCCCUCCCCUAGUUGGACAACAGCUGUGAUCCCAGGGAUUCCUAGUCCCUCAGGACAGCCAGACCUGCACCCCAAGGCAGAGUACCCCCGAGACCUGUUCAGUGUGGAGGAGCGGAGGCAGGGCUGGGUGGUCCUGCACAUCUUUGGCAUGAUGUAUGUGUUUGUAGCCUUGGCCAUCGUUUGUGACGAGUACUUUGUCCCUGCCCUGGGCGUCAUCACAGACAAGCUGCAGAUCUCUGAGGAUGUGGCAGGCGCUACAUUCAUGGCUGCUGGAGGCUCUGCCCCUGAGCUCUUCACCUCCCUCAUCGGCGUCUUCAUCUCCCAUAGCAAUGUGGGCAUUGGCACCAUAGUGGGCUCUGCGGUGUUCAACAUCCUCUUUGUCAUUGGCACUUGUGCCCUCUUCUCCCGGGAGAUCCUCAACCUCACCUGGUGGCCCUUGUUCCGAGACAUCACCUUCUACAUCUUUGACCUAAUGAUGCUCAUCCUCUUCUUCCUGGAUAGCCUCAUUGCAUGGUGGGAGAGCGUGCUCCUGCUGCUGGCUUAUGCCUUCUAUGUGUUCACCAUGAAGUGGAACCAACAGCUCGAACUCUGGGUGAAAGAGCAGCUCAACAAGAGGCCAGUGGCCAAGGUCAUGGCCCUAGGGGACCUCAGCAAGCCAGGCGAUGGGACAGUUGUGGUGGAUGAGCAGCAGGAUAACAAGAAGCUGAAGCUUUCGUCCAUGCUGACCCGAGGGAGCAGCUCGGCCUCUCUGCACAACAGCACCAUCCGCAGCACCAUCUACCAGCUCAUGCUCCACAGCCUGGACCCUCUGGGGGAAGCCCGGCCCUCCAAGGACAAGGAGGAGGAGACCUUGAUUCAGGAGGCAAAAGCCAUGCCUCAGGCCAAAGCAGAGAGCAAACCAGAGGAGGAGCCGGCCAAGCUCCCUGCAGUCACGGUCACACCAGCCCCUGCUCCAGACGUCAAGGGAGAUCAGGAGGAGGAUCCUGGCAGUCAGGGAGUAGGGGCCGAAGCUGAGAACGCAGGCGAAAGGACAGGUGGCGAGGCGGAAGCUCCUGCCGAAGGUGAAAACGGAGAGCGAAGUGGAGGCGACGCUGCAUUAGGAGCUGAAAGUGAAGGAAAAGCAGAGAAUGAAAGUGAAGGUGACAUCCCGGCAGAAAGGAGAGGAGAUGAUGAAGACCAAGGUGAAAUCCAGGCAGAAGCUGGUGAAGUGGAAGGUGAAAUCCAGGCAGGAGAAGCUGGGGAAGUGGAAGGUGAUGAAGAUGAAGGUGAAAUCCAGGCAGGAGAAGCUGGGGAAGUGGAAGGUGAUGAAGAUGAAGGUGAAAUCCAGGCAGGAGAAGGUGGGGAAGUGCAAGGUGAUGAAGAUGAAGGUGAAAUCCAGGCAGGAGAAGCUGGGGAAGUGGAAGGAGAAGAUGGUGAAGUGGAAGGUGGUGAAGACGAAGGUGAAAUCCAAGCAGGAGAAGGUGGUGAAGGCGAAACUGGAGAGCAGGAAUUGAAUGCUGAAAUUCAAGGUGAAGCCAAAGAUGACGAGGAAGGUUUGGAUGGUGAAGGGGGAGGUGAUGGAGGUGACAGUGAAGAUGAAGAAGAGGAAGAUGAAGAAGAGGAAGAUGAAGAGGAGGAAGAUGAAGAGGAGGAAGAGGAGGAAAAUGAGCAGCCUUUGUUCCUGGAAUGGCCUGAGACCAGGCGGAAGCAAGCCAUUUACCUCUUUCUCCUGCCCAUUGUGUUCCCGCUGUGGCUGACGGUUCCCGACGUCCGGAGGCUGGAGGCUAAGAAGUUUUUUGUUAUCACCUUCCUGGGAUCCAUCCUGUGGAUAGCCAUGUUCUCAUACCUCAUGGUUUGGUGGGCUCACCAGGUUGGCGAAACAAUAGGGAUUUCUGAGGAGAUCAUGGGUUUAACGAUCCUAGCAGCAGGCACAUCAAUUCCUGACCUCAUCACCAGUGUGAUUGUCGCUCGGAAAGGCCUGGGUGACAUGGCUGUGUCAAGCUCCGUGGGCAGUAACAUAUUUGAUAUCACUGUGGGCCUGCCCCUUCCUUGGAUGCUCUUCUCGCUCAUCAGUGGAUUGCAGCCUGUUGCUGUCAGCAGCAAUGGCUUGUUCUGUGCAAUUGUUUUGCUUUUUCUCAUGCUCCUGUUUGUGAUCUCGUCAAUUGCAUUAUGCAAGUGGAGAAUGAACAAGAUCCUGGGCUUCACCAUGUUCCUCCUGUACUUUGUAUUCCUGAUAAUCAGUGUGAUGCUGGAAGAUCGCAUCAUAUCCUGCCCUGUAUCUGUCUGAGUCAGAGUCACUAGUGCUCAAAAUGGACAUCGAUCAGAAACCCAUGCCAGAAGUUACUGCACCUCUUGUCACAUUAAAGAAAGAAUGAACCUGAUCUGGGAGAGGGAAGUGAGUGGCCAAGAACCUCUGAUGUGGGUGUGAUGGGGGCUGAAGUUUAUCCUUGGAAGCACCUGCAGUUCAUUGCGGAUUAGGACUCUGGAGGGGUGGUGUUCCUACCACCCCUUCAUGGAGGCCAAGAAGGGCCUGAGUCAGAGGCUUUUCUAAAAUGAGAUAACUGGGAGUGAGGGUUGGGACAGGCAUCACAGCAAUAAGACAAGCACCCGCGUGACAGUACCCUGAUUAUUCCUGAAGGGCUGCUGAUCCAAAACAGGCAGGUGUGGUCUCGCCCUCCUGGCCCUUGCCCCCAGCACAUGCUGCAAUUUGCUGUCUCCUCUUUUACUGUUCAGUGUGCGCUUCUAUCAGGUUUGUACUCCUUACAGUUUAGUUACUGGUGAGUUUAAGGGGACGAAAUCUAUAGAUAAAACAAAGUAUAACAAGAAUCAAUUAUCAUUACACAUCGUAGUCUGGUAAAAUGUGUGUCAAUGUUUUACAGCUUUUUCAAAGGAGAACAUUUGCUCUCAUUGUUGCAUUUCUGAAAAGUAAGCAGCCCAAGAAAUUAAUAAUUUGCCGUUCAGUUGGAAGGUGUGGCUAUUAGGGGAGGAAAACUAUUCUGAGGGUCAUUAUACGUACUUACCCAAGUUUGUGUGGUCUCCAUCAGGUGGGCACCUUGAGCAAUUAGACAUUCUAACAAAGCUGUCCUGGCUGGGCCCCACCCUCUCAUAUUCUCACUUAACGUGGGAGCUGUACCAGUGAGGCAGCAGCAAAGUAAUUUUUUAAAAAGAGUCUAAAGUCAGUAUAUCCAAAUCUGGUUUACAAAGCAAGAGAUCCAGUGGGGCAAUGCUAUUUUUGUAUGUCAUCUGAGACAGGAUUAUAAAGCAGGAAGAUUGAUUUCUUGUGUGGAUUACAAUUGGAUAUUAAGGCGAUUACAAAGGAGAAACACUUAACACAGUGCUAAGAUGGAGAGGAAAAAAAGUGUUACUACCUUCAAGGUAGCUAGUGCAAAGGACACCUGUGUUUUUAAAAAAUUGUGUGGUUAAACAUUUCAUGUGGAAGCUGAAAUGCUUGUAUAUUAAAUAUUGCUGCUUGCUGCCUUUUACUGGCAUCAAGUUAAGGGGCACAUUAAAAAUGAAACAGUGCUAUGCCACUGGCUAUGAAGCAGGAGGAGCUCAGGUGAAUGCAGUUUAUGACAGUAAAUACGGCGUUAAUUACAAACAUGAGAGGAUUCACCGAAGACUAGAAGAUAGCUGGACAGAUGUGAAAUGGGAAAAAAAACUGAAACAUUUUGGUGUUGAAGGGCUGUUUUCAAAGUACUUUAGUCCCUAAUCCAUCUUCUAAGAUGGGCUGGUUAACUUAAUUCAUGGCCUCACUACUCCCAAGAUCCACGUUGUUUGGAAAUAGAAAUGACUUUUACUAAAUUUCAAUAAAUUGUGAGUCCCAAUGAUCUUUUAUUUUACAAAAAUGGAUGUGUUCAUGGCUCCAGAGAAGACUGAUGAAUGCAGGAUCGUAUUCAAAUUCCACAUUCUUAAAUUGGUCAUCUCCUGGCGCUGCCGCACUGCCUGGUCUCCAUACGCUGUGGCCUAGGAGCGAGAGAGGGCAGUGGCCACAGAAGGGAGCUCCCGGUGCCAGGAGCCUGGGCCGCAGCCUGGUCUCUGCCAGCCUCAGGGACGGCUCCUCCUCACCAACAGCCUGGGAGCCGAUGAUCUUCCCCAGUACAACUGAGUGAGGAGUGAUAGACAGUGAAACGUUCUGUAACGAUAAAGUGCUGGACCACCAUUUAAUGAUUAAAAUCAACUAAUAAUCGAA